CACGGUGCCCGGCAAAGAAUUUAUACGUAUGUGCCUAAUAACUUUUACAUAUUGUGACGGACCAUAUUUCAACGGGUGUUGCCAUCUUUUAGCUACCCUGAGAAUGUUUGCGUUUGGCGCGCAUAUAACAAGCUAGUCUUAGCCGUGCAUCCCUUACCGUAUGGUGUUAUUGUUAUAAUAUGUUGCAAGCCUUUAGGUCACAGUCUGGGCUACUACCGGCGGUAGUCCUUCUCAUAGUCCUCUACUUGCUAUCCCCUGCUUCUGCAAACGUAAUCCAUACAGCUUUCUCAACAUAUUAUGGGAAGGCGGCAGCAAAUGCUACCGAGAGGGAGGCUCUUCUGUCACACCUGGAUGAACUGCUUGCUGUGGCCACGCUGAAACCUGGCGAGAAGCUACGGAUGGUGAACGACUAUAUGGAUGCAAGAUCGCGACAACUGGGCUUGACAGUUGUCCCAUCAUUGACUACUGCAACAAUCGACGAAUGGGCGGACCGUGUCAUCGAGCUUGUACCAAAACUUGACAACUCCCAAAGCUUCCCUUUAGUACGGAGGCUUGUCGUGGCAUCACUAUUAAAGCUGUGGCUGAAGGAAGGGCAACGUCUUCCUGAGGCCAGCUCAGAGAAGCUGAAGGAGGUUAUGGUGAAGUUGUACGAGAAGCACCGGCUUGGGGCCGCUCAGAAGGCCAUCAUGGAGUACCUGCACAUCUCGAAGUCGGGAGGGACCAGCUGGUGCCACGUGGCAGAGCUGAACGGCUGCGUGACGGAGCGGUACGACAAGUCCUAUGUGUGCCAGAUCAAGAAGUUUGACGACAAGGUUCGCUGGCUCAACAUGACCUACCACAUGAUGCAAGUGCCCGUGUACCGGGUGCCCAAGUACGUGCUAAACAGGUUCUCCCGGUACGGCAACUACCGCAAGAGUCACACCACGGCUGCCUGCAACGCGCGGCACCGCUACAUGCACGCGCACGGCUACAACUACUACUCCAACGAGUACACGGUGCAUGGCGGGCACGAGGACGUCAAGGACGCGCACAUCUGCAGCGACUUCUUUAAUGCCAUUGUGAUGCGGGACCCUCUGAAGCGGCUGGUAUCUCACAUGAAAUUCGUGAUGUGGACGAUGAGCGGCGACCGCGGCUACAAUGACACCGAGCUCUUCAACAUGAUGUACAAGGACCGCACGUCUUCAUUCUGGCAGGAGCUGGGUCCCGCCAUCGUGGACAACUACUUCACCAGGUCGCUGCUGGGAGAGAAGGCCUACCACACGCCGCUGGGCGGGGUCACGCAGGAAAUGCUGAGCAUGGCACAGCAGAUGCUGGCACAGUUCGACCUCAUCAUGGUUCUGGAGCAGGAGAUGGACGUGCGCAACCUGAUCCUUUACUACGGCGUGGGUUGGCGGCACACGCUGGAGGAGGUGCAUGACAAGGACUCUCGGGAGCGCGAGACGGUCUUCAACACCAGCAGCUACAUCCCUGCCGACCUGCAUCGCCUGCUGCAGGGGCAGGCGCUGGAUCAACACCUGCACCGCUUCGCAAGGACGGUGGCCCACUUGGAUCCGGUGGUCUUCAUGGUGGCUCGAGAGGCAGGCCUCACACCGCUGCCCAAGGGCAUGGCCGCCUCUGAGGCCGUGCAGUGCGGGAUGCUGCGCGGCAACGACAACGCUGAGCUGCUGGAGAAGCUGGGCGUCCGCGCCGCCGGCAAGAAGAAGAAGAGCAAGAGCAAGAUGAAGGCGAGCAGCAUGCGGCGGAAUCUGAUCGGGGAGGAGGGGCGUGCAUGGCUUCCAGGGGACGAGAGAGGUG